GUGUAGAUUACAGCCUUUGGAAAUUCCAGAUGUACCAAUUCGUUUGACAGUAAAAAUACCAGGUAUGGAUCUCAAAGAUUUACGUGAAGGUGUUGUUGAAGUUUUUCUAAAUGGACACUGGGGAUUUGUGUGCUUCAACGGAAUCAACGGGCAGUCAGAAGUCAAUACUCUUUGUCACACUCUUGGUUUCAGGUUUGGUGGUUGGAGUUAUAUGAAACAAGAUAUUUACCUUUCGAAUAGUUCAUUGGAUAUGACCCGAGAAUAUUUGCAAAACCUAUCAUGCCCCGAGAACGCAAUGCAUUUUAAUGAAUGUAGGCAUACGGACUGGGGAGAACGCUGUGAAGCAACAUCAUGUGGAUGUGAUCUUGGAAUUUCCAUGGCAUUGGCUAUAAGAUGUUGGACCGAUACGGAAAUUAGUAUUAAUCCAGAAGUGCGUGUUCGACUAGCAGGGUCGAAUGAAGAAAACGAAGGACGAGUUGAACUUUUACACAACAACAUUUGGGGAACUUCGGCAACAUCGUUUGGUAAUCCGGAAGCAAACGUGUUUUGUAAAAUGAUGGGAUAUAAGUAUGGAGGUAUGCCGAAAUAUGAUAAUAUCCCUCCCGGAAAGGGACAGAUGUGGAUAGACGACAUCAAAUGUCCUCCAAAUGCUAGCGAUUUAGAGGAGUGUAAUGUUGAAUGGGAAACUGGGACAACAGCAAUUUACAUCGGUACUGUUGGAGUGAAGUGUAGGACAGAACCCAUUGAAGGAUAAAUGAACAGACGAACUGAUCAAGCUUCAUGAUAUAAACGCAGAUAUCCGACGUAAUAAAAGUGGUCAAAACACGGAUAGUUUGUGAUUUUGCUCUACAUUAAACUUCUUAUAUUCUA